AAGGGUAGUCUCUGCGAAAGGAAGGAGGUUGGACUUUCUAGUUCCUGAUUUUCUCUCUCUCUCUCUCUCUCUCUCUCUUAAUCUUCUUAAUCAAAAAAACUAUGGAGGAUUUCACACGCUAAAAAAAAAAAAAAGAAGAAGAAAAGAAAAGAAAAGAAAAUUCCCAUUUUCAUCGUCUUCUUCUCUUCUUCCUCGCCAAAAUUCCCUUCAUUUCCCUUUUAUAUUCACUUCUCUCCCUCCAAACCUUUCAAACCUUUUCUUCUCUCUCUCUACAAUUCUCCAUUUUCUCUCUCUAGGAUUACGCGUUCCUGAAUUUCUUUCCCCUCUCCCAAGAAAAUUUCUCGAUCGAAUUUGGAUCACAAGAAGAGCAAAUUGGGAUCUCGAUUUUCCGAUUCCGAUCUCUAAUUCACGACCGGAAUUCCGACGAAUCGUUAGGGUUUCGAUUCCAUGGGAAAUUGUUGCGCAACGCCGGCUCCGAACAAGAAGGGGAAGAAGAACAAGCAGAACCCUUUCGCCCCAGAUUAUGGCGGGAACCACCAUGGAAACGGCGGGAGCAAGCUCUCCGUGCUGAAGGACCCGACCGGCGAAGAAAUCGAGCUCAGUUACGAGCUUGGCCGCGAGCUCGGGAGAGGAGAGUUCGGGAUUACGUAUCUCUGUACGGACAAGGCCACUGGGGAGACUUUCGCCUGCAAGUCGAUUUCGAAGAAGAAGCUGAGGACGGCUAUAGAUAUUGAGGACGUGAGGAGGGAGGUGGAGAUCAUGAGGCAAAUGCCAAGACACCCCAACAUAGUGACCUUGAAGGACACUUAUGAGGACGACAAUGCCGUUCAUCUGGUUAUGGAGCUCUGUGAAGGUGGGGAAUUGUUUGAUCGGAUUGUGGCUAGGGGUCAUUACACCGAAAGAGCUGCUGCGGCGGUUACCAAGACUAUCGUGGAAGUUGUUCAGGUUUGCCACAAGCAUGGUGUGAUGCACCGGGAUCUGAAACCCGAGAACUUUCUGUUUGGGAGCAAGAAGGAGACGGCACCACUGAAGGCAAUUGAUUUUGGGUUGUCUGUCUUUUUCAAACCUGGCGAAAGAUUCACUGAGAUUGUUGGAAGCCCGUAUUACAUGGCUCCCGAGGUGCUAAAACGAAAUUACGGCCCAGAAGUAGAUGUUUGGAGUGCUGGAGUAAUUCUGUACAUCUUGCUUUGUGGUGUUCCACCUUUUUGGGCAGAAACUGAACAGGGAGUAGCACAAGCAAUUAUACGGUCUGUUCUGGAUUUUAAGAGGGAUCCUUGGCCUAAAGUUUCUGAGAAUGCAAAAGACCUUGUAAGAAAGAUGCUUGAUCCUGAUCCUAGGCGUAGACUCACGGCUCAGGAAGUACUAGAUCAUCCUUGGUUGCAAAAUGCAAAGAAAGCUCCUAAUGUUUCUUUGGGAGAAACUGUUAGAGCAAGGCUCAAGCAAUUCUCUGUUAUGAACAAGCUCAAGAAAAGGGCACUGAGGGUGAUAGCUGAGCAUUUAUCCGUGGAAGAAGUUGCUGGAAUAAAAGAAGGAUUUCUUCUUAUGGAUACUAGCAAGAGAGGAAAGAUUAACGUGGAUGAGCUAAGAACCGGAUUGCAUAAGCUUGGCCAUCAGAUUCCUGACGCAGAUCUUCAAAUUUUGAUGGAAGCUGGUGACGUGGAUAAGGAUGGAUAUCUAGACUAUGGGGAAUUUGUAGCCAUCUCUGUUCACCUAAGAAAGAUGGGAAAUGAUGAAGAACACCUUCACAAAGCCUUUGAAUUCUUUGACAAAAACCAAACCGGAUAUAUCGAAAUUGAAGAGCUAAGACAUGCCUUGGCCGAUGAAGUUGAAGACAACAAUGAAGAAGUCAUCAACGCUAUUAUGCAAGACGUGGACACAGACAAGGAUGGACGAAUAAGUUACGAAGAGUUCGCCACAAUGAUGAAGGCUGGCACAGACUGGAGGAAAGCAUCAAGGCAGUACUCGCGAGAGCUGUUCAAUAGUCUCAGUUUGAGACUGAUGAAGGAAGGAUCAUUGCAGUUAGACAAUGAAAGUAGAUAGAACUCAAAGAACAACGGGGAGAAGUUGCAUUUAAAAAAAAAAAAAAGAAUCUUUUUUUUUCUUUAUUGGGUAAUUGUUUCCGUAAUUAUUCUCCUUUUCACUCUUUAGUUCCUCCCCUGAUGAUUUUCUAAUCCUUUUUGAGAGAUUAUUUUCCUUUUUUGUUUUUUGGGGAUGGGGGAUUUGAUUAGGAUUUGUUGCACAGUUUGUUGGUGUCCUUAAUUGGUAUAUGUUUCAUUUUGUUUGUUGUGAGAGUAGUUGGAAAAAGGAGUGCGUUCGACAAGAAAGUUAAUUGUGAUUGUAAAUAUGUUUUGGAAAAAAAAAAAGGCAUAUUUUUAUCAGAAUCAUUAUCUUGUAUUCGUGAGGUGAAUUAUUGGUGGAGACGUUAUGGUUCUCGUGAAUCUUACUUGAGAUGUAAAAGCUGGCAAAAAACAAGCUUUGUUUGUUGUA